GCAUCGGAAAAGUGUACAGCCAUUUGGAACAGUAACUUCAAUUUCGUAGCGCUGGAAACUUAAAGCCUCCAAAUAUACAUUUUUGUUCGUGCGAGCGGGGAACAUGGGGGAUAAAAGACAAAACGUGCAGGAAAAUCAUAAUGAGACGGUGGAUUUGGAAGAUAAGAAAUCGAACGCAGCGGAAGACGAGAAGAGUAACCUUUUUACAGCCACCUUCACCGUAAUAAAUUCUAUGAUGGGCUCUGCGAUCAUUGGGUUACCAUACUCAAUGAGACAAGCUGGUCUUCCAUUUGGAAUUCUGCUCCUUAUCGUCGUCGCAUAUGUAACAGAUUACUCUAUUAUCUUGUUGAUUAAAGGAGGAAACCUCUCUGGAACAAACACGUAUCAAUGUCUAGUGAAUAAAGCUUUUGGUUUAACAGGCUAUGUGAUUCUUUCAAUUCUGCAAUUUUUAUAUCCUUUUAUUACCAUGAUAAGCUACAACAUAAUCGCGGGAGAUACAUUAACCAAAGUGUUGCAGCAAAUUCCAGGUGUUGGCCCUGAAAACAUCUUAGCAGAGAGGCAUUUUGUGAUUGCAAUGACAACUCUCGUGUUCAUGCUCCCAUUGUCCAUGUAUCGCAACAUUGCUAACUUGGGAAAGAUCUCAUUUGUCUCACUUGUAUUAACUCUUGCCAUCGUGGUAAUAGUUGUCGUCGAAGCUGCAACCCUUGGACCAAACAUUCCACCUUCAGAAGGGGCUUGGAAUUUUGCACAGUCCAACGCGAUGCAGGCAGUGGGGAUAAUGGCAUUUGCUUUUGUUUCGCACCAUAGUACUUUCCUAAUUUAUGGAUCACUGGAGACGCCUACAAUAAACAAUUGGUCUUGUGUCAGUCACAUAUCCGUCUUGUUUUCCCUGAUUAUUUAUUUGAUCUUUGCUGGCUCUGCGUAUGGAACUUUCACAGGAUAUACACAAGGAGAUCUAUUUGAAAAUUAUUGCAAAAAUGAUGCUUGGGCUACCAUUGGAAGGCUUCUCUAUGGACUAACUACUAUUUUGACAUAUCCAAUUGAAUGCUUUGUGAUCCGUGAAGUUAUUGCAAACAUAUUUUUCAAUGGAACCCUGACAACAAUAUUUCAUGUUGGUGUGACAUUCUGCAUAGUAGCUGUAGCCAUGGCCAUUUCACAAGUUAUCGAAUGCCUUGAUAUAGUUUUGGUAUCAAAUGGGGUGAUUGUUGCUACUCCAUUGGUUUUCAUUAUUCCAACAGCAUGCAAUCUAAAACUAUCGGAAGAGCCGUGGAAUCACUGGGAUAAAUUGAAGUCCUGGAUGAUCCUCAUCACUGGUGGAUUUGUGAUGAUCACUGGGUUUGUGAUGGCAGUCAUGUAUCCCCAACCAUGUAGCCAUGGGGAAGAGAUGUUUUACUGCAAACUUUCAAAUACAUCUGCCUACGAUAUUACUGUUAAUGAGACAGUUAACUAUUCAUGGUUCAAAAGAACAUGAAUAUGUGCUUGAUUCAAUUCAAAGGUUCAAUUUAAUAUCAGAAAAUAUAUACAGUAUACAACCUGAAAUUCUUACUCUUCACAGACAUCCACGAAGCAGAAAAAAACCCUAAAGAAUGAAUGACAGAAAUGUCAGAACCCCAAAGGCCUCUCCCCUUCCCACGCACAAGCAACAGCAAAGGAAUCAACCCUCCCCUACCUGAGCAAAAGCAUAGGCAAACCCCCCCACGACCCACCACUCAAGCAAUAGCAAAGCCCCGAAAGAGACCAUGAGCUGGAGUCCAUCAAGAAACUGCAGUCCAUAAACCAGCACUUCUGUAUCUCAGACAGGCUCCCACGAGCGAGGGAGAAAGAGGUCCCCCCUGCAGCAUAUGAGAGCGGGAGACCAGCAGCUUGCUUUUUUUCCUCCCCUUCCCCCUCACCCUCUCCUUCCCCUCUGCCUCUCCUUCCCUCUCCCUCCUUCUCCCGCCAAAAGACCCCAAACCAGACAUCCGUCCUUCAGAAAACUCUUCCCCACAGCUCUCUAGAACCAUCUCUCACAUCUCACAAUCCUGAUUGACUGACAUACAUUCCUAAGUUGGACAACAUGGCUCUUUUAUCUUUAGCCGAAGCCAAAACACUCUUUCCAGCAUGGCACAGAAAACUGAUAAAAUAAAGUCCGUUAGAGCAUAGCAGUAGAAAUCUUAACCAAGUCAUUACAUAACGUUAUUUGUACUUUUCAGAUGUAUACUAUGUAACAUUAU